AUGUUGCUCAGGAACUUGGGGUCAACCCCCUUAAGAGAUUCGAACAGGAUAAACCACGAGAAAUAUGAAAUUUUACUCAAGAUUACCAGUAAUGCAUCUUUCAUCACCAAAUGCUUAGCCCCCCUGAUCAAGGUUAUCCAUGACAACUUUGGCUUCGUGGAAGGGCUCAUGACCACGGUCCAUGCCAUCACUGCCACUCAAAAGACUGUGGAUGGCCCCUCUGGAAAGCUGUGGCAUGAUGGCCGUGGGGCUUCCCAGAACAUCAUCCCUGCAUCCACUAGUGCUGCCAGGGCUGUGGGCAAGGUCAUCCCCGAGCUGAAUGGGAAGCUCACUGGCAUGGCCUCCCAUGUUCCUAUCCCCAAUGUGUCUGUUGUGGUUCACUGCUGCCUGGAGAAACUUGCCAAGUAUGAAGAUAUCAAGAAGGUGGUGAAGCAAGCAUCCGAAGGCCCACUGAAGGGCAUCCUAGGCUACACUGAGGACCGGGUUGUCUCCUGUGACUUCAACAGCAACUCCCACUUUUCCACCUUUGAUGCUGGGCCUGGCAUUGCUCUCAAUGACAACUUUGUGAAGCUCAUCUCCUGGUAUGACAAUGAAUAUGGCUACAGCAACAGGGUGGUGGAUCUCAUGGCCUAUAUGGCCUCCAAGGAGUAA